AUGGAAGGUCGACUGAAGCAGAAGCUCCAGGGCGAACAUGGUCUUCGACGGCAGCCACCUCGCGCCCUCACGAGGAGAUGUUUUUCCACGGCUGCGCCAUCCCUCUUGUGCACGCACCAAAAGGUGUCGUUAGAAGGCGCGCGGCACGCGGCGGCCUGGAGCGGCAUCGACGCCUUCAACGGGUGCGGCUUCGACCUCGUCUGGGCUAGCGGCCGCACGUGGUCGUUGCUGUGCGACAAUUCCUUCAGCAGGAAGUCAUGGGUGGAUGCCCUCAACCUGGCCAUCAGAUCCACGGCAAACACACCGGGUGAUAUAGACGCCAUCGCUUCCGGGGCAGGUCAGCGAAACGUCUCGCCCAGAGGUCGCGGCCGCACUUCAGGCACGACAGCCGCUCGCCGUCGGCACCCUCCCGACGUCGUCCGCCCCCACUCUCCUCUGGCGGCGGGAGAACAAAGCUUUCGACUUCCGAGACAUUCCUCCGUCAGGCCGAGCGCCCAGAACACUGGCCACCAUUCUCCUCAAUCAGGGGGAACGAGGGGAAGCCGGCGAUAUGGCGACCGCUGGUCCUGCGAGGACCGGACGCCGCCCGGCGAUGGAGCUGUCGUCGGCGCGUUGGUCCAUGACGUCAUCGCUCCCACGGAAGGCGAGCGGCAUAAUCACCAGCGGCGGGAAGGGGCAAGUCGCACCGCCGGGCAGCACGACGGACCGUACCCGUCCGAUGUGUCGAGGCCAGCGGAGAACGGGGUCUUCCCGCCGUCGCUGACCGGUGGCGUUUCCGGUGCAAGAGGCAGCGACGAGGGCAGGGGCGGGGGCGGGACCGUCGGGAGCAUGGACAGCAGCGGAGGUGUCUGGAGAAGGGGGAGGAGCAUUGCUAGGGAGAGGAGCGAGGAGUUGGCGAGAGCGAGUGCCGCCACCUGGGAGCACUUUCAGCAGCUGCUGGAGAGGUCUCGCGAGUCAAAGGCCCGCUUCGACAGGGUGAUGGAUGGAACCGCAGCGGGGGUCGUCUCCUCCGCCACGACGAGUAGCGGCAGCCUGAGCGCUUCGGCCGUGUCGGAGCCGUCGUCUUCGUCGAGUCAAGCCGGCGACAGGAAGGCCGGUGCGGGCGUGGGUGUUGCUCGACGCAAUACAAGGACCGGAGUACCGCCAGUGGGUUUUGAACCGAUGGAACCGCCUAGAGUUCCCAAGGUCGAAGCGGCGGCGGUGGGAGUAGCUGGUACAGCCCGGCGUAACGGCAGUAUGGCAACCAGCGUGGGGAGCUCAUCAACCGACCGCGUAUCAGACGUCUCGACACCACGAUUGCGUCCCACCAGGGCCAGUAGCAAUGGGGGGAGAUGGCGCGGUGGCGAUGGAGGAGGAGGUGACAGAAGAACACGCGCUGCCGCCAAUAGCGACACGACUCGCCGCGUUUCUCGUGCACAGAAAAACGUCACCGCGGAUGGCGUUUCUUGCGGCGAUGGCGGCUACUGCACGGCGGACUCGGGCGUCGACGCGGACGAGGCUGCCCCCGCCCCCCCGUCCGACCACGAACACGAACGAAGCUGCCUCUCGGCGGCAGUGACGGACGUGGAGAUCAGCCUGCUGCUGGAAGAAAGUUCUGCGGAAGGUUCCCCCUCCGUCAGGCGAGACGGUCGGUCGACGACCAAAGGCAGCAGCAGCAGCAGCAGCAACGGCGGCGGCGGCGGCGGCGGCGGUGGCGGGAUCGCCAGAAGAAGGGAGACUGCGACCACUACCACCGCCACCGCCAUCAACGAUCGCGUCCGGCGGCUCGGGGUGGACCUGACGACAGCGCGACAAGAAGCCACGGCCGAGGCUGCCACCGCCUCAGCGGCGGCAGCAGCAGCAGCGCGGACGGUAACAGAGGGCAGCAUCCGGCAAAAGCCACCGUCGGCGGUGGUGUACCCUGACGGUGGCGGCGGCGGCGGCGGCGACGACGACGGCAACUCAGACUGUGAGCGGCUCAGGAAAGAGUUAGCAGCCUUGAGAGCAACGGUGUCGGAAGAGCGGGAGCAGAGGCGGGAAACGGCGAACCCGGUGGCGGCGGCAAAGGCGGCGGCGGCUGAGCGGGAAAGGGACCGGGAGGAGGAGGAGGCGGCUGCUGCUGCGGCCGCAAUUCAGAGUCAAACGGAAGUGAGGCUGGAAGAGGCGCUGGCGAAGGCGGACAGAGAGCGAGCCGAGGCCGUACGGCAGAGGGAGGAGCUGGAGAAAGCUCUCGCUGGGGAGAUCGGCGAAAGGCGCCGAGUGAACAGCCUCUUGGAAGCGCGCUCUAGGUCGGAAAGUGCGCUUCGCGAGCGCCUGGGAGCCACGGCUGCGGAUGGCGACCUCAAGGCUCGCCUCACGUCGACGCAAUCCCAAUUGGAAGCGGUUUCCUUGGAGAGGGAUACCUUGCGGAUUAUGAGGAUACCACUAGACCACCGGGGCGAUGGUUCUCUUUCAACAUAUACCGACUUCUCUCUCUCUCUCUCUGUCUCUCUCUCCAUGCAUACUUAUAUAUAUAUAUAUCUUUCCCUCUAUCUUUCUCUUCCAAACUCGCUCUGUUCUAAGGCCGAGGAGCUUGACCAGUGCAUUAGCCGUCUGGGCGACCAAGCUAGAGAGGUGGCGUCAGCGCUGAGGUCGAAACAGCAAAGAGAAAUCGCGGAAGUUUCUUCAAGAUGCGAGGUCGAGAAGGAGGCGCUGCGUGAGCAGCUAGUCCUAGAAGCGGCGGAGAAGGCUAGGGAAGAGACGAGGGUGUCCCUGUCGGCGCAGGAGAGGAGGAUAAGGGGGGAGGUGGCGGCCAAGGCUGCGAAGGACGCCAAGCGGAGGGAGAAGCAGUUGCGGGAAGCAAAGGCGGAGGCGGAGGCGGCGGGCGAGGCCACCCGCAGGGACAUCGACAAGCUCAGAGGCUUGCACGCGAGGAGGGUGAAACGGCUGGAGGCGCUGCUGAAGGAGGAGAGGGACAACUUAGCCGACGCCCGUCGAGAAUUAGCUUCCUGCAAAGCUACGAUGGCGGGCGAGGCCGCGGAGUUCCAGCGAUGGACGGAAAAUCACCGAAAUGAGUCGACGAAGCUUCUCAAGGAGCUGGCGGUCAUACAGAAAAAAGUGGACCGAGCAGUAGCGACGGAAGCGCAAGCGCGAGAGCGGGAAGGCCUGGCGAUGGGCCGCUUGAGAAAGGUCAUGGAGGAAGCCCGCCUCGAACGUGCCGAGGGAGCGGAGGUCAAGAGACAGCUGAGGGAGGCGUUGGCGGAGCUGGAAUCGGAUCGCAACGCGCAGGCUCGGCGGGCGAGAGCCAACUUGCAGCUCCAGCGGGCAGCCGAGAUUGCUCAGCAAGAAGUGGCGAUGGUUGAGUCGGAAAGGGCCAGGUGGUACGAGGAGCGAAGGUCGAUGGAGACAGCGAUGGAGCGACUAACGCGGCUCGUGUACGGGACCACGGCGGCGGCCCCCGGCGGCAACACCAGCGGUGACGGCAACGCCUCCGCUGCCGCUGCCGUCAGCAAAAGCACGUGGACGAAGGCGCCAACUGGCUUUCCGUGGAAACCCCCGGGAUGCAUUGCUAGCAGGGGGCACGGUAGCAACGGUGGCAGCAGCGGCACUACCGCGACUAGGGCAGCGUGUAGUCCGAUAGGGGUGAACGCGUUUCGCGAGAGGGCAAUUGCUACUGCCCGAGGCGUUGAAGGCAGCAGCAGGAAGGCGGCAUCAGGCGUGCAGGGAGGCAGAAGAACGGGAUAAUUUUUUUUCCAUUCGCCGAACCGCUGUGUAAGCAAGGCUUUGUUUGUGGGGGGAAGAGGCAUGCCUCGUCGCUGCUUGUGUUUUCUUCGUGUACCAACCAACC